CAUUUUGGACGUUGACGUCGCCUCGAAGAGACCUUGGAGGGGUUGUUUGAAGAUCCCACCUCGCGGUUUUCUGGUGUCCACGGACACCCUGAGUUGUCCAGGAGUGUGAAAAUUCAGCCAGAGGAUGCCCACCGCCAGGAGGAUGAUCCUUGGCCACGUGAUGAGUGGCGUCUGCCACAAGAUGAAUCGCACGAAGCGCCUGCCCGAGGAUCUGAUGGAGACGCCCCUGAACCGCUGUCUCAGCACCCUGGACAUCUUCCUGCUGGGCGUGGGUCACAUGAUUGGGGCGGGGAUUUACGUGCUCACGGGCACAGUGGCCAAGGAAGUUGCCGGUCCGGGCAUCAUAAUCUCCUUCAUCCUGGCGGGAUGCGUCUCCAUGUUGGCCGCUCUGUGCUACGCUGAGUUCGGAACGAGAGUGCCCAAGGCGGGAAGCGCCUACAUCUAUUGCUACGUGUCCGUCGGUGAGUUCUGGGCUUUUGUGAUCGGCUGGAACAUCUUGCUGGAGCAUAUGCUGGGCGCCGCCUCGGUGGCCAGAGCCUGGAGUGGCUAUGUGGACUCAAUGCUGGGCGGAAUUGUCGCCAACACGACUAUAUCCAUCACUGGAGAGAUGCACGAGCAACUCCUGGCCAAAUACCCGGACAUCCUGGCCUUCCUCGUCUGCAUCAGCUACGCAGUGGCUUUGGCAUCUGGCGCCAAGGCCACGGCGGUUAUUAACGGUCUUCUCACCAUGGUUAAUCUCGCCGUGAUGAUCGGCGUGAUUACUCUGGGCUUCUGGCAUGCGGAUCCCAAGAACUGGUCGGCUGAGGAGGGAGGAUUCCUUCCAUAUGGCGUGACUGGAGUGUUAGCAGGCGCCGCCACGUGCUUCUACGCAUUCGUGGGCUUCGACAGCAUUGCCACGUCUGGUGAGGAAGCUCGCAAUCCUUCAACCUCAAUCCCCAUAGCCACAAUCCUUUCUCUGACCGCUGUCACCUUCGUCUAUGUGCUCGUGAGCGCCGCCCUCACUCUCAUGGUACCCAUCCGCAACAUCCACCCUUCAGCGGCCAUUCCCGAAGCCUUCGGGGCGCUGGACUUACCCUGGGCGAAGUAUGCCAUCUCCAUGGGGGCGCUCUGUGGCAUGACAACCACUCUGCUGGGAUCUCUCUUCGCUCUUCCGCGCUGCAUGUAUGCCAUGGCUUCGGAUGGCCUGCUCUUCUCCUGCUUUGGCACUGUGAACGCCAAGACCCAGGUUCCCCUGCUCAAUCUGGCCGUGGCGGGCUUUCUCAGCGCCCUGUUGGCACUCCUGUUCGACCUGGAGAAGCUGGUGGAGUUCAUGUCCAUCGGAACACUGCUCGCCUACACCAUUGUCAGCGCCAGUGUGAUCAUCCUGCGCUACCGAGCGCCUCUGGUCGAUUCUGGACCUGUCUUUGCUCCCGACACUCCUGAAGAUGACAACUCCUCACAUUCCAGCAUCGAUACUGCCUCUCCCACGAGCGAUGUUAUAGAAAUGGCGCUAACAGGUCGCUUGAGGCCUCAAUUCCGAUGGCUGGAUCCUGUUCUGGGACGAUGCGAGCCAGGCGCCGCCGCCUCGACUGCUGUGCUUCUCUUCACGGUGUUCAGCGUGGCCAUUUGCCUGCAAUUGAAGGUGUCCUGGACGGAACUGCUGCACGGAACAUGGUGGGCUCUUGGCCUGUACGGCUUCCUCAUCUUCUGCCUCGUGGCAUGCGUGGUGGUGAUGGCUGCUCAUCACCAGAACAUCCGCAAUCUGGACUUCAAAGUUCCUCUGGUGCCAUACAUUCCCGCUCUCAGUAUCUUCUGCAACAUUGAGUUAAUGGUGCACUUGAGUCUCCUGACCUGGAUUCGCUUCUUCAUCUGGAUCUCCGUGGGCAUGCUGGUGUAUUUCCUCUAUGGCAUUCACCACAGCAAGGAGGCCGAGGACUGCAGCACAUCCUAUUCAAUGCUGAUGACCUCUGCUGAGGCCAGCAAGGGUCACUGGGGCGCUCUUCAGACCAAGUCUUCGGCCAAAGACACACCGGCAAAGGAAGAUAAGAAGCCAAUUAUCGAAGAGGAAGAGAUUCCAGAGUAAAAAUCCUCAAUCGCUCAGGACGUGUAGAGAAUCCAUUUUCCAAGAUAGUUUUCGCACAAAUUUUCCUUUCUUUUCGACCCCAUUCGACCUCCAAAAACAUAUCCGAAUCCAAAGCAUUUUCCUCCAUUCUCUACCGUCAAGAGGCGAUUUUGAGUAGAAUAGCGGAAAUCUUCAUUCCCUGGCCAGGAGACGCAUCAAGGUGACACUCUGAGGGGACUCUGCGGAUCAGCAGGUCGGGAAUUUCCACCAGCCACGUCCAGGAAGGCAGAGGAUGUGUUUGCCUUCCUGGAUGACCACGAAAUUCCCUUCCUGCCCAUGAAACUUAUAAUACAAACGACACAAAUAAUCAGUAUGUUAUAAACAUUAUAAAAUUAUAUAACAAUGUUGAGAUUAUAAUCCCAGAAAAAUAUAUUAUAUUGUGCAAAUCAAAAGAGUUCAUUGCAUCAACAUUAUCAUCGUCUUUUCCCUCACAGUUUUCCCCUUUUUCCAAGUGGAAUU